AAUUGUUGCAUUUGAACUUUUUCUACCUCCUAUGCAAUGAAUGAUGCCUUUAAUUCAAAGGGUACUUGCAUCCUACCUUAGACAUUGAUUUGAAGAGAUUUUGUAGUGGAAUCCAUCAGAAGAACCAAAUCCUUUUGGCACUGGAUACUGAUUUCAUAGAUAUCAAUUAGGAACUGGAAAGCUGUGUUUUGUUUUGCUUUUUGUUCUUACAUAACCAAGAACUGAGGAAAAACUUUGUAUCCCACUUAUCAUCAUCCUCCUACAAUCUGCCAGCAGACUGAAGCUUGAACUUUAGGCUUUUAUGAUGUUUAUAGUUCAGUCCUGUGCUAUAUGACAAUAAUUUUGCAUUUUAUUUUCCCCUUCAUAACAUCAUUAUUUUCUCAUCUUCUACAAAAUCAACUGAAUGUUUGAUCCAGUUUUAGCUGGCUUGAUGAGCAAUUGAGUAUUGAAGACAACUGGCACUCUAUUCGUGUCUCAGUACUGUCAGCAUGCCAGUGUCAGCUGAAUUGUGUCAGAUGGAUUGGCUUUAGAAUGGAGUUAAAUUGAAGUCUCUAAGUUUACCCACCGAAGAAACCAAUCUGUGAAAUGAAUUUCUGUCCAUGUUAGAGGCAAUGGUAAAAGUUUAAGUUUCACUUUGUUCAAUUUCAAAUCAUUUUGAGUUCUAUUGGGUCCAAAAUGAAAUAGGUAAAGUGGUUAAGUGUGGGGGAAGGAAAUUAACAGUUUUUUGUCUGUUAUAGGUAACAAACUGUGCGCUGAACUCAAUGAUUUAUGUACAACAGAAUAAAGCUUUAAUGUCAUUAGUAACUCUAAUAUUUCCAAUAACAGGUAUCUGUCAUCUUGUGGCAUUCUAAUGAACAGAACUCCGUUACUCAAGACACCAAGACAUUGCCCUAUACAACAAACAAACUUUUUCAACCUUGCUGGGCCACUAAUAAACAAGAAGAAAGAGUAUUCUGAGAGACGAGUAAUGGGGUUUUCAAUGCUGGAAAUGUACAAUGUAGUGUCUGGUGUUGCUGACUACAAGCAUUUUGUACCAUGGUGCAAGAAAUCAGACAUCAUAUCUAAACGCUCUGGGUACGCUAAAGCUCAGCUAGAAAUAGGAUUUCCACCAAUAGUUGAACGGUACACUUCGGUUGUGACUUUGGUGCGACCACAUUUAGUUAAGGCUUCUUGUACUGAUGGGAGACUAUUUAAUCAUUUGGAGACAAAUUGGCGAUUCAGUCCUGGGGUUCCUGGAUAUCCAAGGACCUGCACUGUUGACUUUUCGAUUUCUUUUGAAUUCCGUUCUUUGCUGCACUCUCAACUUGCCACUGUUUUUUUUGAUGAAGUUGUUAAGCAGAUGGUAGCAGCGUUUGAAAGAAGAGCAAAGAAAAUGUAUGGUCCGGAAACCAACAUCCCACGAGAACUUAUGCUUCAUGAGGUGCAUCAAACGUAAAUAAAGGUUGGAAGGAGCCGUUGUAGGUCCCCUUUAAAAAAAAAAAAAAGUUGUAUAAUUUAUUUAUUAGUGUGGUGCUUUUCCACAUAUGCAAAUGUGGGAGCGAUUUUCUUUACCUACAUGUAUCACUUGAUUUUAUAAUAUGACACUGUAAUCUUCUUGGAAAGCCCCUCUGGCAAAGUGUUACAUAUAUAGAAAAUGCAUUAUAUAGAUGCAAGUAUACAUGUAUAUAAAGUGCAGAUAUUUCAGCUGUAACUAAAUGUAAUUUGUCCACAUGUUGUGGUGCAUUAAGCUGGACUGGCUGCAAUAACUUGUUUUAACCUGUGCAGAUGGAGAAGGCAGCCAACCUUCUAUUUAUGAAGAGAUAUUUUGGGCUGUUCAGGUAACAUGAGCAGUUAAAUUUUAGUGUCAAACACUAAUUCCAGAAAGUCACAUUAUACAUUCAAAGGCUGACAGAUUUUCAUGUAAUUUUAAGCUGUAUGCCUUAACUAUUUUCUGAAGUCUGUCUCCCCUAAGAUGAAUGCAUCUACAAGUCCAAUUGUCAUAACAGCUUAAUAUUUAAGUGUUAAUUUAUGGAAACAAAAUUCAUGGUUAGUCUCAAUUUAGUGCUACAUUCAAGCACCAAGAACUCUUAAAACCUUGUUUUAAAUGUAGAUUAACAAAUGAAGAUAUCCAAUACAAGCAAGAUUUCAGCCUUUCUCCUUUGCCAGUCUUGCAUGGCAGCUUGUCAUGUUCUCCAGUCUUUGCCAAUAAUGUGCAAGUGCAACGUGAGUUUGUUUCCUCAAUAAUUCUAGCUCCCCUCCACAAAGGACUAAAAUUAAUCUUCUGAACUCAAGCCUCUUGUAUGACAUUGAAAUCUUUGAACACAUUGUCCUCUCCUUUUAAAUAGUCCACAUUAGAAGUAGCAUAAGUUUCUAUUUGCAUGAGUUAAACCUUUUUUUGUACUGGUUACACCUGUGUGUGUUGGGUCAAAACAGGGAACACUCAUUCAUUUAAUCAUGGAUGAAAGUGUGCACAUGUAAGUACUGUGAAGUAUUAAGUCAUCUUUGGGCAGUUAUAAUUUAAACUGCCCACAUAUUCCAUAGAAAUUAGCUCCAGUUUGUAACUGGGACAAUAAAAUUAUGCUGUAUUUAUGA